UCUCCGUCUCCUCUUAAACCCCAUCUCUCUCUCACUCUCUCUCGAUCGGAGCAAGCCGUCGAUUUUGAGAGGGGGAAGAGAGAGAGAGAUUGGAAAAAGAAAUGGUGAAGUUUUCGAGGGAGCUGGAGGCCCAGCUGAUCCCGGAGUGGAAGGACGCUUUCGUCAACUAUCGCCAGCUCAAGAAAUACGUCAAGAAGAUCAAGCUCUCCCUCCUCCGCUCCUCCCCGCCCCCCUCCGAAGGCGGCGCCGCCGCCGCCCACCACCGCUACGGCUUCUCUCUUCUUGAUCCCCUCCGCGCCCUCGGCGCCCGCUUCUCCGCCCUCCGCGAUCAGCCCCUCGAGGCGGAUGAGGAAAAUUUGUACGAGAUAGAACUCGUUCGAUCAAGAGAUGAUGAGGUGAAGGAGUUUCUCGAGAAAUUGGACGAGGAGCUCGAUAAGGUGGAGAAUUUCUACAGGACGAAAGAGAACGAGUUUUGCGAGCGAGGCGAGAUUUUAGAAAAGCAGCUCCAGAUCCUUGUGGACCUGAAGCAGAUCCUCCACGAGCGCCGCCGCCGCCGCCGCCGUAGCUCCUCCUCUCCGAGUCCGACCUCCAUUGCCGGGAGCCUCAAUUCUCCCUCCUCCUUCUCCGAGAGCGCCGGAGAGACAGAUCCGUCGUUGGAGGGGUCGCUGGUGGCGGACGAGGUGAUUGCGGCGCUGGAGAGAAAUGGGGUGAGCUUCAUCGGGUCUGCGCGGACCAAGGCGAAGAAGGGUGAGAAGCCGAGGGCGGGUGCGAUGAGGAUCGACAUCCCGGCGACGACCCCGGGGCGAACGAUCUUGGCUGUCACCUCAAUCAUCUGGGAGGACCUCGUGAACGGCGCCAGAAGGGAUGGAUCGGGCGGCGGAGAUCACAUCAACCGGAAAAAGAUCCAGUGCGCCGAGAAAAUGAUCCGGGGGGCCUUUGUGGAGCUCUACCGAGGCCUGGGACUCCUCAAGACUUACAGCUCGUUGAACAUGACGGCCUUCGGGAAGAUACUGAAGAAAUUCGGCAAGGUAUCGAAUCAACAAGAAGCGUCGGAGAGGUUCUUAAAGAAGGUGAAGGGAUCACACUUUGUCAGCUCCGACAAGGUGGUAAAGCUGGCGGACGAGGUGGAGUCCAUUUUCACAAAACAAUUUGCAAGCAAUGACAGGAAAAAGACGAUGAAGUUCCUGAGACCUCAACAGCCCAAAGACUCCCACAUGAUUACCUUCCUCGUAGGUUUGUUUACCGGCAGCUUUGUAACUUUGUUCAGCGUGUACGCCAUCUUGGCUCACUUGAGCGGCAUCUUCUCUUCAACAACUGAAGCUGGUUACGUGGAAACCGUCUACCCUGUUUUCAGUAUGUUUGCGCUUCUUAGCUUGCAUAUUUUCUUGUAUGGGUGCAACCUAUUCCUGUGGAGAGGCACCAGAAUAAACCACAACUUUAUAUUUGAAUUCAAUCCAAGAACAGCUCUGAAGCACAGGGAUGCUUUCCUCAUCUGUACCUCCUUCAUGACCGCAGUUGUAGGGGCUAUGGUCAUCCACUUAUUGCUUCGAUCUGCUGGGGUCCCCUCACGGCAUGUCGAGUCCAUACCAGGAGUUCUCUUGCUGCUGUUCACAGGAUUACUCAUUUGCCCUUUCAAUAUAUUCUACCGCCCAACUCGCUCCAGCUUCCUGCGAGUAAUCCGCAACAUCAUUUUCUCACCAUUUUACAGAGUGUUGAUGGUGGACUUCUUCAUGGCUGACCAGCUAACCAGCCAGAUCCCACUUCUGAGGCACAUGGAGUUCACAGCAUGCUACUUCAUGGCCGGAGGCUUUAGAACACGUCCCUAUGAGACUUGUACCCGUAGCCAGCAGUAUAAGCUGUUGGCUUAUGUCAUCUCUUUCCUUCCUUACUACUGGCGGGCCAUGCAGUGUGCCAGGAGAUAUAUCGAGGAGGGGUACGAUGCCAACCAAUUGGCAAAUGCUGGGAAGUACGUGUCGGCCAUGCUGGCAGCUGCCGCCAGGUGGAAGUAUGCAGUGGAGCCCACUCCGCUGUGGCUGGCUGUUGCCAUUAUCUCUUCCACUGCUGCAACCUUCUAUCAGUUGUACUGGGACUUCGUUAAGGAUUGGGGGUUUUUCGAUCCAAACUCAAAGAACCCAUGGCUGAGGGAUGAGCUCAUUUUAAAGAACAAGCGCAUAUAUUAUGCCUCAAUUGCACUCAACUUCGUACUUAGACUUGCAUGGAUUGAAAGCGUGAUGCGCCUCAAGCUGGGGCUGGUCGAGAACCGGCUGGUUGAAUUCUUGUUGGCAUCAUUGGAGAUCAUUCGACGAGGACACUGGAAUUUUUACAGAUUGGAGAAUGAGCAUCUGAACAACGUGGGCAAGUUCAGGGCAGUGAAGGCCGUCCCCCUACCAUUCCGCGAGUUGGACUCGGAUGGAUGAAGGGAAGUCGCCCGACAAGUGUACAUAAAUUAUGGGCUUCGGAGGAGGUGGGGCUUGCCGAGGACCUGGAGUGGAUUGCUUUUCCCAUUAACCGUUGCUUGAGGUAGCUAGGAACUGAUAUAGAGUAGAGGAUGUGGCACCACCCCGAUGCAGUGAAGAACAGGGGAUUCCUGAUCGGAGGCGGGAAUCGGGUCCGGUGGAGUAAAACAUGGCUAACUUCACCCCAACCCAUCCAACAAUAAGAAGAAGAAGAAGAAGAAGAAGAAGCAGCAAUGCUUGCUUGCUUGCUUUCUCUUAGCCCCAAUAUGAGGUGAUUAUUGAACACCACGUCGAAUAGAGAGAGAAGGGGGGGGGGAAGAGAAGAUCAGCGAUAUGCAUUUGUAUAGUGCCACGUGGAAAUAAAAACUUUCAUCAUUCCAAUUGAAUUCAGACCAAUCAAUGAACGAGAUCAAGUGAUGGCACUCAUUAAGCUUUGGUUCAA